AGUAGUUCCACAGUCAGGCAACAAGCGUGCAGUAUAAUGCUAUAUCAACUAAGAAAUUUAGAUGUUGUGGGAUCUUAGUGUUGGCGAAUAAGGGACUUUGCGGUCUACGAACAGUCCUUGCCAACGGUCACAUUAGUUGGGUUGUGGGCCGUCCGUUUACUGCUUUUCUGCUCUUUCGUUCUCAAUGUGGACGCUGAACUUAGAUGCAUUUGCUGGCGACCGAGUUUGGCUUUACCUUGCACAGCGUUUUAAUCACAUCCGUCUGGCGGCUAUUUCAGCCAGGCUGCUAUGUCCGCCACGGAAGUGUUCGUCGCGUGUUUUGGCGGCCGUGCGUUCUAUUCUUUUGAGGAAUUCGAAAAGGAAUUACAAAAGUAUAUGAGAGCCAACCAUGUGACGUUUGUGCGAGGCACUAGCAGUCGUUCUUCAAAUCCUAUUCUUCGAUAUGAGAAGAUAUUUUAUCGAUGUGUUUGGUACGCGAAACGCAAAAGCAUUAGUACAGGCCUAAGGAGAGUGAAUUCGCACGAUACUCGUUGUCCAGCUAGAUUCAGUAUAACAAAGAAAGAUAACUUUCUGGUUGUUUCAUCUUUCGAGGUUGAGCACAACCAUCCUCUGAACCGUCACUUCUUCGAGCGUCAUCCAGUCACGCGUCGGCUAACAGAUGCUGAGCUGAAUGAAUGCAGCACAUUAUUUCAGCUAAAUAUUCCCAGCGACAAUAUAAAGACAUAUGUUGCGGAGAUGUACGGAAAGAAUAUCACGACAGCGGAUAUUUCUAACAUUAGAAGAAAACUGGGUUUCCCACAAACUGAUGACCUAUAGUCUGUUACUUGUUCUGCUGUGAUGACAACCACUGUAAGCGCUUGAUCUCGCUGUAUUUAAACACUUGUUCUAGCAAAUCGGU